UAAGUGGAUGUUUUACAGAGAAAUGCAGCGUAAAUACUGUGGCAGCGACUGUCUUUUUGAGACAGAGGAGGCCUGCGUUUAAUUUCGCGUGGCCUGAUGUAAUAGUGCAUAAAAUUAAGGCAGUAAAAUCUAAUUAGUUGUUCCUCUGGUCGUAAAGUAAAUGCGGAAAAUGAAAGCAACUGUGGUAUGAAAAUAUCUUGCAGCUGUUCAGCACCGCGUUGUUUGCCUUUUAAUUUUCUCCAGAAAAUUACUCCGUUUUACUCACCAAGCUGUAAACAGAGAGAGAGAAAAAAAACUCAAAGUAACUUACACUCUAAAUAUUUUUUGCUCUUCGAUAGUCAAAGAAAAAACGACAUUUAAAAGCAAAAAAUGUUAUCGGUUGAAUGUUUUUGUGCUAAUGGAUUCGUUAAGAAUAUUGCAUUGUCCUGUUCUGUAAAUGAAUUCGGAUGAACUUGCAAUGUUCACCACACGAUGGCGGUGUUACUCUAGUCUAAAAGCAGACAGGACAGCGCGCCUAUCCCCGGUCUAACCUGAAGAGAGAUUCACACACUUCACUCGUUUUGCAAAAAAAAAAAAAAACAAUUUAUUUAUUUAAAAAAAUAUAUAUUUUUUAUUUUUUUUUACAUGUGAACGGUAAAGGAAGAAGCUCGCAGCCUAAAAUAAUUACAUAAAAUUCCAAAUAUCAAAAGAACCCCCUCUUUUAUAUUUUUCUGAUCAAGGCUAAUAGCUAUAGCCUAAACAUAAUGGGUGGUCUGUUCUUAGCUUCUCUGAGUUGACUGACAAAAAUCCUUUCCGUCUUGAAUGAUCCAGUCACUUGCAUCGUAGCCUACUUGACAGCGUAUGAAGGCUAUAUAGCCUAAGUAAUUGCAGUAGCCUGCAUUGCUUUCGACUUAAAGACAGACGAAUAUCUUAUCAUCAAACCAUAAACAUGAAUGUGGUGACAAAUAUGGUAUAUUUCAUCAUAUACGAUGGACCUGAAUAAAGCUGUUUUUGUUGGCCCACUGGAAACAUUUCGUUUGUCCUGAGUAUAGGCUAUAUGUGCUCUUGGCACUGAAAUGGUUUACCAAUAACAGUCCUACUCCGCCUCCCCCUCUACCUCCCCAAGAACUCCCUCUCUCCCCUUUUUCAUCUCUCUUUUUCAGUCUCUCCUGCUCUUCCUAUCACAAGAUCGCGCUUUGUCUGUUUGGAGAUGUCGAGCCCAUCCAAUGAUAUAAGGAAUCAAUAACUAACGCCCAUAUGAAAUGCAACUCACUAUCAAAGAGAGUAAAAACGGAAAACUAUUUAUUGCUCGGGGACCAUCACUAAGGAGUCAUGUGGGUGCAGCUACGGAUACAUUUGUUUGCAUGAAUAUUUACGACAUUUUACGCGUAUAAUUUCCACCUGGAUGAAUUCGUUUUUAUUGUAACAACAGGCCUGCAUUUGCUCAAUUACCAUUACUCAUCAAGAGACUGCCGGUUCUCAAUACAGUUGUCAAAGUUCCUUCAUCGGGGAGUUGAUCUUGCAGGCAAUGAGUUCUUACUUCGUCAAUUCCCUCUUCACUAAAUUUAAAGGAGGCGAUUCUCUGCGCUCCAACUACUAUGACUGCUCAGGGUACGCGCCGGAUCUUGGAGGCAGACCAUCUGUGCUGUACGGUCACAACUCUGGAUCUGCGUUUCAGCACGCGGCUCAGUUCCCGGACUUCUACCACCACGGUACAUCAUCCUUCUCCCACGCGUCUUACCAACAGAACCCGUGCGCGGUAGCUUACCCUGGAGAUGCCACAGGAAACAUCUUGGGCCAGGACAGUUUACAGAGACAGUCGUUCUUCAGCGCACCAGAUGCGGAUUUUACGCCGUUUGGGGAUUGUAAUUUAAAGGUCAGCAGUAUCAGGGAUGAUCUGGAAAGUGCAGAACCGUGCACAGCGCAGCUCUUCCCGUGGAUGAGACCACAAGCUACCGGCCGGAGAAGGGGCAGGCAGACCUACAGCCGCUACCAGACGCUGGAGCUGGAGAAGGAGUUCCUGUUCAACCCUUACCUGACCCGCAAGCGGCGCAUCGAGGUGUCUCACGCGCUGGCCCUCACUGAGAGGCAGGUGAAGAUCUGGUUUCAAAACAGGCGCAUGAAGUGGAAGAAAGAACACAACAAAGACAAGUUUCCCAGCAGCAAAGUGGAACAAGAGCAAAUUGAGAGAGAGAGGGAUGAGGGGAGCCAGGUAUCAGAAAAACACACAUCAGGAGAAGAGGACUCGGAGACUUCCAGUAAUUCUAAAUAGUCUGUUGACUAUUAAAAAAAAGAAACAUCAAUCGAUCAACUGCAAUUUAAAUAAAAGUCUGAGGUUCAAAAUGUCGACACGCAAAGGCUAUCAAAUACAAAGCCAAUCAUAUAUUCAAUUUAUUGCAAACUUAUAAGGCGUUUCUGUUUCCAAACGGUGAUUAUUUCCGCUUAUCAUGUUUUGCUGAGUCAGUCUCAGUUUUGUAAGGUUUCACUGGUGCGUUUGUCCUCGAGUAGAUUACUCUUGAGGUUACUGUUGCAGUGAGGGCUACACGGUCUGCAUGGCGUCAGCUUCCUAUCCGAAUUAGUGGGAGUCACAAUCCAGACCUCUUCAGUAACUGUUAUAGCCUAUAAGAUGGGGUGAGGAAUCAGCAUUAGUGAGUGCAUUACUGUAUCUCUUACUGUAAGAAAAUGCACUUUUGUGAUUGUUAAUUACUGUUCAGAAAUUAUUAUUCAGGUUUACAGAUCUUCAACCGAACUACCUAAUAUAUGGGUCAUUGCGUCAAUCAUUUUGUCAGUGUAUCCAUGCGUUAUAUGCUUUCCCGAGAGGGAUGGUUCAAACGCACAAUGUUAAUCUUAAAAAAUAUGCUGUGUAAAUAUUUGAUAUUGCAUUUCCGUGAAGCACUGUUCUAUUGUAUUUUCUAUUGUCUUUAACUGGAAGUGGUUCCUUAA